CAGCUUUGACUUAACGCAUUGACGACCAUAUUUGUUCAAGAGUUACAGUAAGGUAUUGAUCAAAUGCAACGUUGGGUAUCGUUAGUACUACAGGAACAUACCUACAUUCGGCUCUGCUCAUCAGUACCCGCUGAAUGCACCAAUACAACCAACAUUAGUUCAUUUUUGCAAUGUCAUCGCUUAACACACAUAUUAUGUAUGAUGUACUUAGGAGUAGAACACAUAUGGUAGAAUAUUCAAGAACGUGAAUCAAGAAACAAGUGAAAGACACUUACUCGACUUAUUUGGGACAAUGUGGUUUUCUACUUUGCCGAAUCACCCAGCGGAAUCGCAGAAGACCCUUCUUCGAGUUGUCGACACCGUCAAAAUGUUAUGCGAGUGCUAGCUGUAAUGGAUCUUCCAGUAACUCAAUGGGAUGCACUCACAGUGCCACUUCAGCUGCCCAAGCUACCAACUACCACGCGGUAUGAGUGGGGCAUGGUCUCCAGACUAACAACAUUCCCAAUUUGCAUGACUUAUGAAGUCAUUGAGAAGCGCACAAACAAUUUGCUUCAGGCGGCUUCUAAUGUAGCAACGACGCAUCGACAACCAGCAACACGGUCUCUCAAGGCACAUGUAGCAGCCGUUAAUUCAACUCAAGCUUCCCGUUCAAGCACCUUCCGGUAACAGAGCCCUGGGACACCGUGAAGCGGCUCUCACUGUGCUUCAAUUGCCUCAGCGUCGACCAUGGGGCGCGAGAUUGCCCGUCGCGGGAUUGUAUACGCAGCCAUCACCGGCACCACACCUUUCUCUGCAGAGAAGAAGAUGCAGUCAGUGCACCAGCAGCCGAAGUAGCGAACACAUCAGCAGUGUCGACUCGUAAUUCUAAGUAAUGAUAGUCAGAGACGGUUCGGUCUUUUCUAGUCCACGAUGACUGGACCGUUUUACUAGCCACAGCAAAGGUUCGUCUUGUGGAUCAUAAUGGACAACAACACCCUUGUCGUGCCCUCUGCGAUAUGGGUUCCCAGGUGAUUCUUUAACUAAACGUAUGGGUCUCCGUAGAAAACCAGUUGAGGUCCGAAUCGAAGGCAUCGGUUCCAGAACCGCGGUCUAUACCAGAGGCAAUGUGACUCUUAAGAUGCAGGCUACAAUUGACAGUGACACUGAGUUCAAACUGGAGGCGUAUGUUGUGCCGAUGAUAACCUCAACUACACCAAGCGCAACGAUCGAUCCGGCAGCCUGUAGUGCGAUUCACUAUCUUUUAGCGAUGCGAUUGUCGGAUUAUUACUUUACGAUUUUUGAUGUUUGCAGUAACGAUCUUGCGAUUCCCUAACUUAUUCUUAAUGACACUAAACAGCUGACUUUCACUUUUUAUUUGAAUUGAUAGCACGUGGCACCUCUGUGAAAUGAAAUGUCAAAUUUUACGAAGAGCACAAAGAGGAAUACGAAAAAACAAUUAUAUUUGUGUUCGCCGCCAAUUUAAAUUGUCUGUUCGACAAAAUUUAAGAUUUUUGAAAGAUAAUGAGUUCAACAAGCCAAUGUGCAGCAAAGAGGAGCCGCGCUUCAGGCGAGCAAAUUGAAAGACUGCUGGACUACUUAUCGGAGUGCCCGGGACUAGCAGCGGGCAAAUUCCAAAAGAUACACGGUAAGUCUGAGAGCGACAGGAAUUGGAGUGAGCUGGCGGCAAAUCUAAAUAUCAUCGGCGGAGCUGUGAAGACUGUCGAACAAUGGCAAACAGUGUGGCGCGAUCUGAAAAGCCGUACAAGUGUCAGGGUACGGGACAGGAAGAGGCAGCAAGCGUUAACCGGCAACCGGCCGGUUAAUCAAGAGCCCAUAACAGAGGUUGAGAGACGAGUUAUGGCGCUCAUCGGCAGCGAGUACAUUGCGGGCAAUGGAAGAGUUGUCGAAAAUGUGCCUAUGAAAGAGAAUUGGCAAUUGCGUUUGGAGGAUGGAGACGAUAGUGUUGCCUCCGUACUAUCGACUACCACAGCAGCUGACGAUGGCGAGGUGAUGUGUGCGACACCCCGUAUUCCUGCUAAAAGGACUGCGCGUAUGAGUCUAAAAAGGAAGCGAGAAGAUGAGGAGAACGAGAAGGAGAUGCAGGGCAAGUUCUUGGAAGUGUCCAGCAAGCAAGCAGAUGCUUUAAAGCUGCUAGCUGAAUGUAGUGCCGCCAAUACAGAAACCAACAAAUUGAUGAUUGAGGCGUUCAACAGAUUGGUGGACGUCAUUAGCUCCUGGACUUAAAAUUUUUAUGUAUAUUUUUAAUUUAAGCUACAUUAGCAUUAACUAUUUUAACUUAUAGUAUAUACACCUAUAACCAAAAAAAUAUGUUAGCGAAAUUUGAUUCAGUUAUUUCUAUUUCACUUUAGUUUAUUUAAUGUUGAUUAAUUUUUUAUAAAGUAUAGCUCAUUGUUUGACAAAAACCAAAUGAAUCUAAACUUUACACUUUGUAUAAACAAAAAAAAACGUAGCAAAUGUUCAUCAACAUUUGAAACUUUUUAAUCAGACUUUCUAGAAAAGUUUUCGGUAUACAGUUUUACAGACUUAUAAAUUUUAGUAUUAUAAUGUGUAAAUUUGAAGUGGCUUAAAAGUCGCAUUGAUUUUUGAUCAUUAUUUUGCUGAUGGCGUUAUGAAUUUUCUUCCAUAUGAAGUAUGCUAUUUUAUUUAUAUGGAAGAAAAC